AUGGACGCUCCGCACUGGAUAUUCACCAUAUGGGCUCUAUUGAUCACAUCGCCUAUACUGGUACAAGCGCAAAUCAACACACAGGCUUCAGAUGAGUCGGGUUCCGAUUGGGGCGAAAGCAACAGCUUCAUCGGCCACAAGGCCAAGAUCAUUAUCAUUGUAUUGUCCGUGAUCGCUGGCGUGGUGGUCAUUUUCUCGGUCGCAUCAUCAAUCCUCUACGUAAUCGCAAAACGCAGACAAUGGGCCGUCCGAGAAACCAUCCGCCGCUCCGCUCGACGCAUGGCAGACGCCAUAAAAUCACCUCUUACACCACGGUUUCCCCGAUCAGUCGGCGAGAGCAGCAAGGGCCAAAAACCAUCAUAUACGCGCCGCGAAUCACGACGAGAGAGACAGAACCGGUCUUCGAGAGGGAUGACUCGGAUUGCAGAAGAAGGGGGUUCGCCGCAGGCGCCAUAUAUCCUCAAGGAUGACGACGAUAUAUCGGCCUUGGCCGAUUCGCAAGCAAGCCGGGAGGGUAGCGAGCGAUAUGUAAAAACUACGAAAUCGAUAUGGCGACAUUCCCAUUCCGAGUCGAACGGAAGCAAUGCCAACACCAACAACAAAACCAUCGCGGAACCAUAUUUCUUCGAUUUUGGCCUAAAACCGCGAGACAGCAGCGAGAAGAAGCUGCACAAAUUAAAACAGAAAAGACCAGACUUUGACCUGGAGAGGGGGAUUGAGUUGGGUGCAACGGAUCAUAUGAAGGUUACCGUGUCGCUGUCUUCUACGAGGGAUAGCGAUAAGUCGGCUGUCGAGAGUGCGGCGAAGAAGAGCUGGGGAUCGCUUUUUGCGUUUGGUCGGCGGUGA